AGCAGUACAACUUGGAAGUACACCACUAACAUAGGCACCCAAAACCGCUCAGCAUGGCAUUCAAGUUGGCUGUUGUUCUGGCUAUCGUGAGCGUAGCAAAUGCUGCCAUCCUUCCUACUCUGGUGAAAAAAGUAGAACUGGAAGCUCCGGCUGAGUAUCAGUUCUCGUACUCCGUACACGAUGAGCACACCGGUGAUAUUAAGAGCCAGCAGGAGGAGCGCCAUGGAGAUGAUGUUAAGGGACAGUAUACCCUGAUCGAUGCCGAUGGUCACCGCCGCAUCGUUGACUACACGGCCGAUGAGCACAACGGAUUCAACGCCGUCGUCCGCCGAGAACCACUGGCCCACCAUAAGCUGGUUAAGACCGUGGUUCCGGUCACCAAGGUAGUUGUACCAGUGGCCAAGUAUGCCGUACCUGUAGCGAAGGUGGUUGCUCCCGCUCAUCUUGCUACCGUCAGCUUUGCUGCACCCAGCCUCACCUACCAUUACUGAGUGAACUCAUAU